CAGAUCCAUUGAGUGAGAAAGAGAGAGAGAGAGCAACGCGUUUUUGUGCAUCUCUCCUCCCCCUUCCUCUCUCUCUCUCUCUCUCUCUCUCUCUGUCUGUGUCUCCUGCAGGACUGAAGAUCAUGAGCGCUCUACUCGACCGUGUUUCUCCUCCUGAUCUCCGCGCGCACAGUCUCCGCAAGACCAAGAAUUAAAACACACACACAGACACACACACAGACACACACACACACACACACUCUCACUCUCUCUCUCUCUCUCAUAUUCACAGCAGCUCCGUUUCCAGCGCCGGGAAUAAAGCUUCAUCCACGUCUGGACUCAAAGUCUCGCAGUUGUGCGCUUUUAUUUAAUUAGUCUCUCUCUGUGAAGGUUCAAGGUGUGUAAUAUGAUGUUCAUGUAUGUUCUGAUGCGCGCUGGCUUUGGAUUAUUCAGCGUCGCUCUGAUCGCCUUUGUCCAGCGGCCAGCCGGCGCUUCUGCCAGCAGAAACCCGCAAGAUGUGGACGAGUGUGUCGAAGACAAGGACAGCUGCAGUUUGGAUGCCAUCUGUCAGAACACCCUCAAGUCAUACAAAUGCAUCUGCAAAUCAGGAUACAAAGGUGAUGGAAAACGCUGUGAAGAUAUCGAUGAGUGUGCCAGCGAAUCUAAUGGAGGAUGCGUUCACGAUUGUAUCAACAUCCCUGGAAACUACAGAUGCACGUGCUACGAUGGCUUCCGUUUGGCCCACGAUGGACACAACUGCCUGGAUGUUGACGAGUGCGCAGAAGGAAACGGCGGUUGCCAGCAGAUCUGUGUCAACAUGAUGGGGAGUUACGAAUGUCGAUGCCGUGACGGAUUUCUCCUGUCCGACAACCAGCACACCUGCAUCCAGAGGCCCAAAGUGCGUUUUAAUGGAACUAAAGAAGCACCCACCUGCAUGGAUAAAAAUCACGGCUGUGCCCACAUUUGCAGAGAGACGCCUAAAGGAACCAUCGCCUGUGAGUGCAGACCGGGAUUUCAGCUCACCAAGAACAACCGAGACUGUAAACUGACGUGUAACUACGGUAACGGCGGCUGUCAGCACAUCUGUGAGGAGAUGGACCACGGGCCCAGAUGUUCGUGUCACAUGAAGUUUGCGCUUCACUCUGAUGGGAAGACCUGUGUAGAGGAAAGGAGUGUCCAACAGCAGCCACUGCAGCCACAGCUGUUACCCAAUGAGACGUGUGCGGUCAAUAACGGAGGCUGCGACAGCACGUGUCAUGACGCCGUGACUGGAGUGCGCUGCAGCUGCCCGGAGGGAUUCACCUUACAGCCGGACCGCAAGACCUGCAAAGACAUUGAUGAAUGCCGCAUGAACAACGGAGGGUGUGACCAUGUGUGUAGAAACACGGUGGGCAGCUUCGAGUGCAGCUGCAAGAAAGGAUACAAACUUCUGACCAAAGAUGAGAGGACGUGCCUAGAUACAGACGAGUGCUCAUUUGACCGGACUUGUGACCACACAUGUGUCAACUCACCUGGAAGUUUCCAGUGCUACUGCCACAAAGGUUACAUCCUCUACGGCGUGGCUCACUGCGGAGAUAUUGACGAGUGCAGCAUUAACCGGGGCGGCUGUAAAUUCGGAUGCGUGAACACUCUGGGCAGUUACGAGUGUACCUGCCCUCCUGGUUACAAACUGCACUGGAACAAGAAGGACUGUAUCGAGCCCGUGAAAUGUGCGUCCAAUCUGGUGGCCCCCAAAGCCACCCUCACUUGCAGUAAGAUGGGGAAAAAAGAGAGCUGCUCUCUCACAUGUGCGUCCAAAGCACAUUAUCUAUCAGAAUCAGACAACAGUUAUUCCGUUAGCUGUGGAAUACCCAUCCUGCGAGGUAAAUCCCAGAGCAAAUUAAACACAAGCAGCAUCCAGAGCUGCAUAGAGACUCAGGCUCCUCCAGUGAAGCAGACGACAUCCUUUCGGAUCAAGAACGCCAAAUGCCACCUGCACCCGAAGCAUAAGGGGAGGGCAGAGGACAACGGCAGACAGAUCGGGCCAGGUGGUCAACCAUGCAACAACUGCCUAGUCACAUUUGUUAACCUGAAGUGUGACUCGUCUAAGAAGGCCAAAGGGCGUCGAGCACGUAACCCGUCAAGCAAAGAGGUCACACGCAUCACUCUAGAGCUGGAGGCCGAAGUCAAGCCAGGGGAAACCACUGGGAACUGUAACAUGAUGUGUCAAAGGCAGCGCAUGGAGCAGCAGAUGAAGUCGUACAUUAAAGCGCUGAAAAAGUCCAUUAACCAGGAGCGUUUCCUCAUCCGCGUGGCUGGAUUGGAGUAUGAGGUCGCACAGAAGCUCCCCCAGGCUGCAUUGAGGCAGGAGAACUGCGGACCAGGCCGAGAGAAAGACAGCGGCCGCUGUGUCAGAUGUUUGCCUGGGUCAUACUACCAUGGUGAGCAGGAGCGCUGCGUCCAGUGCCCGCCUGGAACGUUCCAGGAGCGUGAAGGUCAGCUGGCCUGUGACCUUUGCCCUGGAACAGACCGCCAUGGCCCACUAGGGGCCCGCAACAUCACAUCAUGUGCAGGUCAAUGUCCACCAGGGUAUUUCUCCAGCGAUGGGUUCAAGCCCUGUCAGUCGUGCCCCCUGGGAACGUACCAGCCCGACCCAGGACGAACUCUUUGUUUCCCCUGUGGAGGAGGGCUUGGUACCAAAAGAGAGGGUGCCAGCUCCUUCAAUGACUGUGAGGUCAAAGUGUUGUGUUCUCCAGGUCAUUAUUAUAACACCUCAGUUCAUCGUUGCAUCCGCUGUCCUCAUGGAACCUACCAGGCUGAGUUCAGACAGAAUUACUGCAUCUCCUGCCCUGGAAACACCACCACAGACUUUGACGGGGCCAUCAGCGUCUCUCAGUGCAAGAAUCGGGAAUGUGGGGGUGAAAUAGGAGAGUUCACCGGAUACAUAGAGUCCCCCAACUAUCCAGGAAACUACCCAGCCAAUGUAGAGUGUGUCUGGACCAUCAACCCUCCACCCAAACGCAAGAUUUUGAUCGUGGUUCCAGAGAUCUUCCUCCCAUCUGAGGAUGAAUGUGGAGACGUCCUAGUAAUGAGGAAGAACUGGUCAGCAACCUCCAUCACCACCUAUGAGACAUGUCAGACAUACGAGAGGCCGAUCGCAUUCACGGCCCGAUCGCGCCGCCUCUGGAUCAACUUCAAAUCCAACGAUGUAAACAGUGCUCGCGGGUUCCAGAUUCCAUACGUCACUUAUGAUGAAGACUAUGAGCAGCUGGUUGAAGACAUUGUAAGAGAUGGAAGACUUUAUGCCUCUGAAAACCAUCAGGAAAUACUCAAGGAUAAAAAACUGAUUAAAAAACUGUUCGAUGUGCUGGCUCACCCAAACAAUUACUACAAGUACUCACAUCGGAACUCCACGGAGAUGCUCCCGCGUUCGUUCAUACGUCUCAUCCACAGCAAAGUCUCCGCCUUCCUGCGUCCAUACAAAUAGUCCAAAAGCGCCGUCCGCAUCCACACACCUCCAGUCACCUGGCCUCGAGUCAACGGGAUCCUACACACAUUUAAAGGAAAUACACAAGCACACACAUAUUCAACAACACACACACAACCACACUAUGCAGAUUUCAGAUGUUUCACUUUACCUUUUACUUUUCGUUUUCUUGUCCGUCAUCUCUGAGGGGGAAAAAAGCUUCUGUGUAGUCUACAUGUAACGCAAUGAACGUGUUUCCUUUCUCUACGUGUCGGUCACCGUUCUGUGCCGUGUUGAUGUUUUUGUUCGCUCAUAUAAACGUUUGCACGCUCAGUCCUGAGGCGUCCCGUAGAGGAAGACGAUGGUUUGGGUGGUCCCACAACCACCCGAAAGAGUUUAAACACACGCCUGGUUUUCAUAGACACGAUAAAGAGCGUGUUGUACAGACAAAAGAAAGUUGUAGCAUGUCAAAGAAAAGAAAAUCUAUUUGUCGAACUGGAGCUAGCUGUGAUUGUGCUUUAAAAAUAGGCUUCUUCCCAAGUUCCAGCUCUCGUAAACUCUACUAGUUCUCAGAAUAAAUGUACAAUCUUUUGUAUUUCUGUACUUUUAGUGUGCUCUUGGUAAGAUCUAAUUCAUAUCAAGCAUUUCACAAUGUUAAAACAUUAUAUUUGAGCUCCUAGAGCAUACAUGUAAUCUCUAAAGGUCAUGCUGUUAAAACAGUAAUGUUUCGUUAAGGUCUGCCUGUUCAGAUUGUAUUAUUGUCAACUGCAUAUUCGUCUAUUUCCUAAUAUUUAACAAAGCAUAGAAGAUGUGCGUUAUUGGAAAGGCUCGGGUGAUGAGAAGGUCGGUUGGUAUUUUAAGAACAGUGGACUGUUAACACUCAGUUCUGUGAGUUUUUUGCAGGACAUGCAAUUGCUGCUUCUUCAGAAACGUCACUUUAAGCCUUCGGUUUUGCCUAAUGCAAUUCAAGACAUUUCCUACAGAGAAGAGCAGUCGAGGGGCCGAACUCUUUCGCAGGUUGGAAGUAAUGUUUUCAUAAUGCAGACACGAAUCACUGAUAAACGUAAACCACAGGUCGACGUGGAUGGACUUUUCAGUCACGCGCAAGAUGAAAUGACAGUGUUUUGAGUUUGUUUUGCACAUUAUAGAAGGACCCAAAGAGAUGCAGCGUUCAGGUUACAAGUGUUGGGUUUCACCGGACCGCGGUUAGAUUUGCUUGCAAGUGCCUGAAGUGCAAACGUGUUAGGAUAGGCCUGUGGAUGUCAACAUUUAUGAGUGUUUCCUGUAUUAAUUAUGAAUGAGUAUUCCUCAUGAAUGUGUUCAUAGGUAGAGCCCUUCACAUAAAGUGUGAGAACCAAACUUCGAGAAGGUCAAACCAUAGCCAGUUUUUAUAUGUAAACAGAAAAGGACUGGUCAGAAUGGUAGUUUACUGUUGUCUCUUUUUUUUUGUAUGUUGUAAAUAUGAAAUAAACGUAGACUAAUUGGAGUCUGAGAGAGAAGUCCAAACACAAGUUGUUCUCCCAAAUUUUCCGCUGUACUAUCCUCCAUUCCAAAGGCGGACGCAAAAGAGGGUGUGUUUAGACAUCAAGCAUCAAGGCCAGAAACAGUCUACGCAAGUACGCAAACGCUUGUCCAACAUAUUGCCAGCACAAUACAUCACGUACAUCGUACGUACGUGCCUCGUACAUAAACACGCAUCUUGCAUUGCUGUGACGGUAACAAGCCUCUGGGCUUAAGGGGGCGAUAGUUGCAUUCGUUUGUUUGUUCUAAACCAGGAAGCUAGCUAUACACGUCGACUUUAACUUGCUCAACAAGAUCUCAGUAGCUGACCUGAAAGACAAAACUUACAGUACUUGCACAUUUCUAGAAAUGUUUGCAUUUACAUACUUGUGUAGAAUGUUUUGGGACCAUUUCUGUGCUGGGAAAAAAAAGGCAAUGUUGUGGUGUUGACUGAAACGCUGGCUCCACAUUUGAUCAAACGUGUCUAUUUGUAACCCUUGACCUAACAUUCACCCAAAAAAGAAAAUUCUGUCAUUAAUUACUUACCCUCAUGUCGUUCCAAACUUGUAAGACUUUCGUUCAUCUUCUGAACACAAAUGAAGAUCUUUUUAAUGAAAUCUGAGCAAUUUCUGUCUCUCCAUUGACAGCUACGCAACUACCAGUUUGACGCUUCAAAAAGUUCAUAAAGAGAUUGUAAAACUAAUCCAUAUGAAUUGAGUGGUUUAGUACGAAUUUUCUGAAGAGACUUGAUCACUUUAUAUGAUGAACAGAUUUAAUUUAGGCUUUUAUUCGCUUAUAUUAACUCACACAUUAGUUAUGGUAAACGGAAGCUCAAGCAUGUUUGCUUGACGCGUGCUAAAACCAUUGAGCUUCAUUCUCGUGUUACGCAGGUUCAGUUAAGCUUCUGUUUAUGUUCGCUGAUCAAUGUUUAUAUGUGAAUAAAAGCCUAAAUUAAAUCUGUUCAUCAUAAAUAGUGAUCAUGUCUCUUCAGAAAAUUCGUACUAAGCUGCUCAAUUCAUAUGGAUUUGUUUUACGAUCUCUUACCACAGAUUUCAUCAAUCUUAAUUUGUGUUCUGAAGAUGAACGAAAGUCUUACAGGUUUGGAACGACAUGAGGGUGAGUAAUUAAAGGGGACCAAUGCCAAUUUUACAAGAUGUAAUAUAAGUCUCUGGUGUCCCCAGAAUGUGUCUGUGAAGUUUCAGCUCAAAAUACCCCACAGAUCAUUUAUUAUAGUUUGUCAAAUUUGCUCCUAUUUGGGUGUGAGCAAAAACACACCGUUUUUGUGUAUGUCCAUUUAAAUGCAAAUGAGCUGCUGCUCCCCGCCCCCUUUCCAGAAGAGGGCAGAGCUUUAACAGCUCACGCUUCGGUUGCACAACAACAACAAAACUGGAGAAUCUCACGCAGCCAAAAUGAGGAUUGUCAGUAACGGUGUUCAGCCUUACAUUGUUCAAACCGGAGUCGACACUGAUGGAGAGACUCAGGAAGAAGUUACAACUUUUAGAAUGAAACUGGACGUUUCUGAAUGGUUAAUGGAUAAAUUUAUGUAGUUGCUGUGGAGUUGAUUCAACUCAUCGACUAGCAUGUGUCGUCAUGUUAAUCUUUUGUGCAAAUCCAGUGUUGAAUUGACCCUCGUUUGUGAAGCAGUCCGGUGUAAAAUGACGGCAUGACAACAACACUCUACUACAACAACUCUUCCUCUUCUCUAAAGCAGCCCAACAUGGCCUCACCCCCUUUGUUGCAUGUGCCUGGGGGGCGGGGUUUAUGUCAAUUUUAGGGUUUGUGAUGUCACUAACCCGGGAAGAAGCUUGUUGUAGUCCUUAAACAGAGAUUUCUCUAAAAGAAAAUAUCUCCCUUUGCAUUGAACUUUGAGCGUCGUAACUUUGCAGAUGUUGUUUAUGCUCAAACAGCAACAUUACACACUAACUAAAGCUAAAAAAGUGAAAUCAUAAUCAACCACCCCUUUAAUGACAGAAUUUUCAUUUUUGGGUGAACUAACCCUUUAAAGUUAAUCAGUAUACAAACACACAAGGAUGUCCCACCCCAUUUUUUUUUUUUUUUUUUUUUGAGUGCAGAAAGUCUAACCCUAAAGACUAGAUCCUAAAAUCCAGAACUGAAAAGAACUGAAUGUGUGUGGGUGAUUUUUUGAAGCAUUUAUUGACAUUUUAGGUAUUUUGUACAUUUGUCAUCUAUAACGAGGGUCACUAAUAUAAUUGUCUAAAUGUAUAAAUAUGAUACAAUAGAAACAAAAAGAGAAAAAAACAACAACUUGGGUUAACCCAAGAAGAAGUGAACUGUCAAUAUUGCCCCACUUGUAGAAACCAGUUCAAGUCACCGUCUACUAAACAUGUUGCAGCACUGCAGGUUGGAUGUCUCCGUGAAAUAAAAAGGAUGGGUCAUAUGUGAAAUAGCCAUGAUUGCCAAGAAUGAAAAGUUUGUGGCAAAGCAGUCAAUGUUUUGUUGAAUGUUCACUAAAAGAAAUGCAGAGUAUUUGCUACUCUAACUAGUCAGUGUCAUUGGCGGUCUGUGACUGCUGCUUUAUUUUUUAUAAUUUCCCCUUGUCUUUGCUCUACCAAACCCAUUUCAAACAUCGAUAAAUGUAAAUGAUCAAUCCAUGUUUCUGUUCAAUUUUUUUUUUGGUCUGUGUUUUUCUAUUGUCUUUUGUCUUUUCCCCAUUUUUCUUUUUCAAAAUGUCUUUUUUUUUUUUUUUUAGAGAGAAAAUGAAAUGACUUUGCCACAAUGAUUCAUGGAAUGGGAAAUGGUAUUUGCACUUGAAAUUUGUUUAUGCUCAUGUAAAAAUGUCUGGAUUUUGUAUUGUCUUUUUAAAUGAAAGAAAUUGGUGUUCUUAAA